CGCUACUGCCGCGCCGAGCGCGUGUUCUUGUGCGAGACCUGCGCCGCCCAGGACCACCGGGGCCACGAGCUCGUGUUGCUGGAGCAGGAGCGCGCGCUCCAGGAGGCUGAGCAGCCCAAAGUCCUGAGCGCUGUGGAGGACCGCAUCGAUGAGCUGGGUGCCAGCAUCGCACAGUCCCGGCGCACCGUGGCCCUCAUCAAGAAUGCAGCUGUGGCAGAGAGGGAGCGGGUGAGCCAGCUGUUUGCUGAGGCUGCGGCUGCCCUGCAUAGCUUCCAGAAGGAGGUGUUGGGCUUCAUUGAGGAGGGGGAGGCCACCAUGCUGGGUCGAUCCCAGGGAGACCUGCGGCGACAAGAGGAACAACGCAGCCGCCUAAGCAGGGCCCGCCACGACCUCAGUCAGGUCCCGGAGGCUGACUCAGUCAGCUUCCUGCAGGAGCUCCUGGCACUACGGCUAGCCCUGGAGGAGGGGAGCGGCCCUGGGCCCAGCCCCCCAAAGGAGCUCAGCUUCACCAAGUCGUCGCAGGCUGUCCGGGCGGUGAGAGACGUGCUGGCCUCGGCCUGUGCUGUCCAGUGGGAGCAGCUGCGGGGGCAGGGCAGUGACGAGGACGGGCUGCAGAAGCUGGGCUCAGAAGCUGAAGCCGAGUCCCAGGACCCCGAUAGCACCAACCUCCUGGACAGCGACGUACCCAGGGACUACUUCCUCAAGUUUGCCUACAUUGUGGACUUGGACAGUGACACGGCAGACAAGUUCUUGCAGCUGUACGGAACCAAAGGUGUCAAAAGGGUGCUGUGUCCCAUCAACUACCCGGAGUCAGCCACGCGCUUCACCCACUGUGAGCAGGUGCUGGGCGAAGGCGCCCUGGACCGAGGCACCUAUUACUGGGAGGUAGAAAUCAUCGAGGGUUGGGUCAGCGUGGGAGUCAUGGCCGAGGGCUUCUCCCCGCAAGAGCCCUACGACCGGGGCCGGCUGGGCCGCAACGCGCACUCCUGCUGCCUGCAGUGGAAUGGACGCAACUUCUCUGUCUGGUUCCAUGGACUGGAGGUGGCCCUGCCCCACGACUUCUCACCCACGGUUGGGGUCUGCCUGGAGUACGCUGACCGUGCCCUGGCCUUCUAUGCCGUGCGUGAUGGUAAGAUGAGCCUCCUGCGGAGGCUGAAGGCGUCCCGGCCACGCCGGAGUGGCGCCUUGGCCUCCCCGACUGACCCCUUCCAGAGCCGCCUGGACAGUCACUUUGCGGAGCUCUUCACCCACAGGCUCAAGCCUGCCUUCUUCCUGGAGAGUGUGGAUGCCCAUCUGCAGAUCGGGCCCCUCAAGAAGUCCUGCAUAACCGUGCUGAAGAGGAGGUGAUAUGGCCAGCCACCUCCCGCGGCCACCCUAGUCUGGGCGGACCUCCGAGGAAGGCACCAGCCUUAGAAAGCCCCACACAUUCCCAGCUUUUUCACUUCUAGAGGCCUCCACCUUCUAUAACUUGGCCUUCUGCCUCCCUCAGGGAGGAGGCCCCCCACCAAGCCUUGUUUUGUGGAGAGAGAACUUAACCCUGGGACAGAUCCAACCUCUCCUUUUCUAGGUUUCUAGGACAAUGCCUGGCAGGCAGUAGGUGCUCAAUAAACAUUUG